UUGACAGGGGAGGACUCCCUUCAGAGUCAGGAUCUCUGGGAGCUGAGUGUUUCUUUCCGUCCUUCCCUGAGGAGACAGAAGGAAUCUCAGAAGCUGGUUUGAGGAGAACAGGAGGUGGAGAAAACAAGUGGAAGAGAAGCCGUUGCUUUGUCCACAAUGAAGACUGGCAUAGAGAACCCAGGGCUGGAGCUCACGGAAGAAGGAUUAAAUCCUGAGGGACCCAGGAGGACUGAAGAGCAAGGACAAAGCCUCCCAGAUGGGCUGGGGCCUUCCACUCACCGCAGGGGGAGACUACUACAACCUUUCACCAGGGCAAGAAGUUUCUGCAAAAGACAUGCCAGCCUGUUCAAGAAGAUCCUGCUGGGCCUGUUCUGUUCGGCUUAUGCUGCCUACUUCCUGGCAGCCUGCAUCUUGGAUUUCCAGAGGGCACUGGCCUUGUUCGUCCUCACGUGCUUGGUGCUCUUGGUCCUGGUUCACCGCGCUCUGAAAAGUGUGUUUGGUAAAACAUUAACAAGCUGUCUGAAGCCCUUUGAAAACUCCUGUCUGAAGCUUUGGAUGAAACGGGUGUUCGCUGGAGUCGCCUUGGUUGGCCUCAUCCUGUGGCUAGCUCUAGACACAGCCCAAAGGCCAGAGCAGCUGAUGUCCUUUGCAGGAAUCUGCAUGUUCAUCCUCAUCCUCUUUGCCUGCUCCAAACACCACAGUGCAGUGUCCUGGAGGACGGUGCUUUGGGGCCUGGGUCUUCAAUUUGUUUUUGGGAUCUUGGUCAUCAGAACUGAUCCUGGAUUUAAUGCCUUUCAAUGGCUGGGAGACCAGAUUCAGAUUUUCUUGAACUACACAGUGGCUGGCUCCAGUUUUGUCUUUGGGGAUACGCUGGUCAAGAAUGUCUUUGCUUUUCAGUCCUUACCGAUCAUCAUUUACUUUGGAUGUGUGAUGUCCAUUCUCUACUAUCUGGGCCUUGUGCAGUGGAUAAUUCAGAAGGUUGCCUGGUUUUUACAAAUUACCAUGGGCACCACCGCCACAGAGACCCUAGCUGUGGCAGGAAACAUCUUUGUGGGUAUGACAGAGGCACCUCUGCUCAUCCGUCCAUACCUUGCAGACAUGACCCUCUCUGAAAUCCAUGCAGUGAUGACCGGAGGGUUUGCCACCAUUUCAGGCACUGUGUUGGGAGCCUUCAUAUCCUUUGGGAUUGAAGCGUCAUCUUUGAUUUCUGCAUCUGUGAUGGCUGCCCCAUCUGCUCUUGCCUUGUCAAAGUUGGUAUAUCCAGAAGUGGAGGAAUCCAAGUUCAAGAAUAAGGAGGGAGUAAAAUUGCCCCGUGGGAAGGAGUCGAAUAUCCUGGAAGCUGCCAGCAAUGGAGCCACAGAUGCCAUAGGCCUUGCUACUAAUGUAGCAGCCAACCUGAUUGCCUUUUUGGCCGUGUUGGCCUUCGUCAAUGCUGCCCUUUCCUGGCUAGGGGAGUUGGUAGACAUACAGGGGCUCACUUUCCAGGUGAUUUGCUCCUAUGUCCUAAGGCCUAUGGUUUUCAUGAUGGGCGUAGAUUGGGCAGAUUGCCCAAUGGUGGCUGAGAUGGUGGGGAUCAAGUUCUUCACAAAUGAGUUUGUGGCCUACCAGCAGCUGUCGCAGUACAAGAGCAAACGUCUCUCUGGAGUGGAAGAGUGGGUCGGGGGCGAGAAACAGUGGAUUUCUGUGAGAGCUGAAAUCAUUACAACAUUUUCACUCUGUGGAUUUGCCAAUUUUAGUUCCAUAGGAAUCACACUGGGAGGCCUGACAUCAAUGGUACCCCACCGGAAGAGUGACAUGUCCAAGAUUGUAGUCAGAGCCCUCUUCACAGGGGCCUGUGUAUCCCUUAUCAGUGCCUGUGUGGCAGGAAUCCUCUAUGUUCCCAGGGGAGCGGAAGCUGACUGUGUCUCCUUCCUAAACACAAGUUUCACCAAUAGAACCUAUGAGGCCUAUGUGUGCUGCAGAGAGCUCUUCCAGAGUACUUCUCUGAAUGGUACCAACAGUCCUUCUUUUUCCGGUCCAUGGGAAAAUAAAGAGUUCAGUGCCAUAGCCCUUGCUAACUGCUGUGAAUUCUACACCAAUGCUGUGUGUGCCUAAGGCUGGUCCAUUUUCAUAACAGUCUCAAUCUUGACAGACUUUUGAUGGUAAAGGUAUUUAUGUAGUCAAGAGUUCCCACUCUACAACUAACUCACCAUGAUCUUUAACAGUACAUGUAAAAAAAUAAUUUGGUUCGCUGUAUGCCAGUAAUGAAAAUCAGCAUUUGUCUUUCCAUUAUUUGGCUGAACCAAAUAGGAAAUUCUUUAUGGGCUCUGUCUGAGUUUACAUGUGAAAUAAUAAAUAUUACCAUAUCAAAAAUACCUGGCAAAUCUUCCUUCUAGUUGCCACCUUAAAAAUUCUGUGAUACAGUCUGCUAUAAAUGUGACUUCGUAUGUAAUGCACACUGUGGUGAAAAGCUGUAUUUCUUGGAGUUCUGUGGAUGAGAUAGAUUUAUGGUUCUGAAGAUACAUAUAAAAGUUACAUGAAUAUAUAAUGAUAAAAAUUUUUUCUGGUUGUCACACAUACAACCUCCUUAACAUAACAUAGUAAACAGAAAGUAUUUCCUAUCUACAAACUUGAAAGGAAUAUCCAUUUCUUAAAGAUCCUUACUUUGUUUUAGUAUUGUGCUUUAGUGCCCUAUUUGUUUCAAGUUUACAGGGAAUCCUUUAAAACAGGAUGUCAAUUUUGCCUCCCAGGGGACAUCUGGCAAUGCCUGGAGACAUUAUUGCUUGUCACAAAUGGGGGAGGAGGGGAAGGGUGCUGCUGACGUCUAGUAGGCAGAGGCCAGGAUUGCUACUAAGCAUCCUGUAAUGCACAGGUUUCUCUGGCCCCAAACUUCAACACUCUGAUAUAAAAUGUCUAAUAUAUUCCUUAUAUCUAAUAUUAUUUAUAGUAUUAAAAUAUUAUACUAUUAAGAGUUUCAAAAGGAUAUAGAGUUCCUCAAAAGUUAAACAUGGAAUUACCUCAUGUCCCUACAAUACCACUCCUAGGCAUAGAUGCAAAAGAACUGAAAAUAGGUAUUCAUACAAGUAUAUAUGUACAUGUUUACAGUAGCAUUAUUCAUAACUAGAGGCCCAGUACAUGAAAUUCGUGCACGGGGGGAGGGGUUCCCCUCAGCCCAGCCUGCACCCUCUC